AUGAGGCUGCAGAGGAAGCAGAACGAGGACGGUCGUGGAAAGGCGGCGCCCGGACUGUCACACACACUCCCCCCUUCUCCUGCACCCCGCAUUGACCUGCUUUUCAUCAUCUGGCUGCGUGUAACCUCGCGGACGCCAGAUGGCAGCAAAAGGCCGCUCGCUCGAGGCCCUGCGGCGGCCGGCGGCCGUAAACCUCGACUCUGGGCCUUCCCCGGAGUGUGGUCUCCUCCGUGUUGCCACACUGGAGACAAAGCGGCCGAGAGCACCCGGGGUAGCGCGCAGGCUGCCGAGAGCCUAGUCCCGAGCUGCCCUGGGCGUUCUUGGUGGAACAGGAGGCCUCCGCCGGAAGGAAGUCGUCCUUACACGUUGCUUUUCCUUUCCUACACUUACACUCGGCGUUCUUUAGGAAGAAAUGAGCGGUCUGUGUCUGUCUCUGCUGCCUUCUCCCGGGGCUCUCCUCGCCACGUUAGCUCAGUGCGCCCUAACUCCUGCCUGUGGGGUUCCCAGGGCCAGCGCAGAAACACCCCGACCACGGCUCUGCACAGCCCGUCUGUGACCCCUUCCCGGCGGCUAAGCAGCCUUCCCUUCCCACAGCCGCGGCCACAGCUUAGCGCAGCCCCCGCUCCCGCCCGCGCAAACCUGCCCACGCAGUCUCUGCAGACUACGGGCGGCUGCGCAGGACCUGGGGCUAUGAGUGCUGGGAAGGACAGACGGGGUGCUGCCCAGAGAAGACCUCACCAGCCGAGCAGCGCCUGGCCAGGCUCCUUCUGCCUCCAGACGCCCAGCCCAGUUACACGAAACACCCCGCGCAGCUGGAAGAGGGCUCAGCGUUUAAGAGAGCAGGCUGCUCCUCCAGAGGUCCUGAGUUCAAUUCCCAGCAAUCACGUGGUGGCUCACAACCUCUAUAGUGAGAUCUGGUGCCCUCUUCUGGUGAGCAGGUGUACAUGCAGGAAGAAUGCUGUAUACAUAAUAAAUAUUAAAAAAUAUUUUUCGGAAGAAAUGUUUUCCUUGUGCAUUUCAGAAGAACUAGGAAGACGCAAGAAAAAGCAGGUACGGUUUGUGGGUCUGAGAACUUGGAUGGAGCAUGACUACAUGCUGACCAGCUCCUAA